UAUGGCGGCCGUGAUUUAAAGUUUUGACUGGCACGAUAACAGGACAUACAUGUCACGAUAUUGUCGGACAGGGACCGUAAUUUGGAUUAUACAGUGAUUUCCAAUCAUGGAUAGAGGGAGAUUAAACCUAGAGGCUUUAGCUGAGGAGGAAGAUGAAGAGGAAGUGGAAAAUACAAAACGAGACAGUUCAGAUGAUUCGGACAGUUCGGGAGAUGAGGAACCAGAUCCCUCUGCUAGACGUGAACCUAACAAGUUUGACAACCUCUGUGAUGGUGUUCUCAACUCUAUGGCACUUGUACACGGCUCCAUCAGAGAGCUGCUGGACAUGAAGGAUGAGAUGCUGAAACAUGCUUUACCUCCAACACUGCUGAUCAAACUGGCCACCAUUACAGGGAAGGUGUUCAGGAGUAUAAGUGAUCUGAACAUGCCGGUCAAUGAACUAGUGAGAUUAGUACAUGUGUACUCUACUCCUUGGGAGGAAAAAAGUACUGCCCUCAAAAAACUCCAUGAGGACUACGAGAGCAAACAGCGACAACUCAACAUUGCAAUCAAACGCCUACAACUUGUGGACGCACAUUCUAAAAGAAUUGCCAGAGAGAAGAGAAUUAUGAACUGGGAGAAAUUAUUUGCCAAAAUUAUGAGUAACAAGGGACACGGGAGAAGGUGGAAGUUCCUCAUAGAGACCAUCAAACAGAAGGCUCAGCUCGGACUUGAACAUGUACAAGAAUACUCGAAAGCAUUAGAGGAGAGUUCUGAGGAGGAAGGCGAAGACGAUGACGAAAUUCCUAUAAAGUUGAACAGACAGGAUGAUGGGGGUGAUAGCGACAAACUUUCAGAUUUAGAAGAGGAGGAGAAUGAGGAAGGAGGGGUUGAGGAGGAGAGUGAGAAGGCUGAUACAGAGGAAGGUGGGGAAGAGAGUGCAGAAAACCAAGAGGAAGACGGCAAAGAAGAAACCGAGGACCCAAGCAGUCGUGUUGGAACACCCAAGAAAGUAAGGUUUGCUGACGAAAAAAAGGUUGAGCCUACAAAGGAAGUGUCGACGUGGACUCAUGAGCCGCAGUAUGACAACUUCCUGUACAUGCGAGUGUUUACACCAACGGGACUGGACCAAAAGGACAUCAAAUGUAUGAUCAAAUAUGGAGCUAAAACCCACAAAACAGGACGACUCGAUCCCGAGGAACAGGAGCCCCCACCUGAAGAACCCAAGCCAAAGGCUAAAGGUCUAAUUGGAUCUAAGGGAAAAGCUUUACAAGAAACAGAAACAGAUAAGUUAGAGAAAAAGAAGAAGGCAGAAGAGAAGGCCACCAAGUCAAGAUUUGAGGAGAUGUCCUUUGACAUCCCUGAAGAGGUACCAGAUGGGGUAUGGACCAAACCAACCAAGGAGGAACCUCAGAACAUACAAGUGUCUGUUCAUGUUGGUCCUCAGGAGGAAAUCUUCGCCAUGGCAACCAUAGACAUGGAGGAUAUCAAGGCGUUGGAUUUGAAGGAGGUGUACCUACCUGAGCCCCAUGGGGAUGACGACGUCCCGACGACCCCCAGAGGUCGUGGGGGAAGAAGUGAUGUGGGCGACUUUGACUCGCUUUCUGAUGAUGUGGAGAUCAGUCUACCAGGAGAGGAUGUUAAGAAACAGCAAGAACCUGUGGCCAAUGAACUUGUAAAGGACAUAGAAGCUGUUCCGUUCCCCUUGUUGUCGGUUAACCCUGCUAAAGGUGACUCCAUGCAUGCAUCUUGUGGCACACUUCCACUUGUCAUGUACAUAGGCAAACGUCUCAAGCCCCAGGAAUUCAAUCGACAGUGUGGAACAAUGACCUUGAACUCCUUGGUGUUUGAUCUGGCUGGUAUUGACCUUGACACAUGGAGGAAAGAAGACCUGAACAAGGAACUAAGAGAUCAGGCCAGCUCAGCCCUACGCUUGACCCCUGAACCACCAAAGGAGCCAACCCCCCCUCCCCCACCCCCGAAGGAACCAACUCCUCCUCCCCCUCCCCCUAAGGAGCUUACACCACCUCCUCCAAAAGAACCAACUCCUCCACCUCCUUCCAAGGAGCUUACCCCUGAACCAAAGGAGGAAAUGAUUCUCAAGCGUGAUUUUGAUGAGAUGAUGGACAAACACAACAAUGAUCUCCAUAACAUACAAGAGGAAUAUGAGAAGCGCCUACAACAGUUGACAGACAGCCUGCAGUUGAUGGAGGAAACACGCUUCCAGAUGCAGGAACAGUUGAAACAGCAGCAGCAACAACAGCAACAACAGAUCGAAUACCAACAACAACAAUUGUUAAAGCAACAGCAUGCCCCUCGUCCACCACAGCGCCCCCUGUCUCAGGAGAGUCGCCGGUCAGCGAGUAGCGCCACACGACGGGAGGCCCAGCCACAGCCCCCACCACUGGUGCCCGUCAACACUGCAUCCCCUACCAUGGAGACCAUUCCUAUCCCUCCCAGGUCCAGUCCUAGCCGACCAGAAACUGCUCCAGACAUGAGAAAGUCUCACCCUCUGCCAUCUGUACGCCAACCUAAACCUGCCCGGCCGUCCCGCCCCACCCCUCAACACUGGGGGCCAGGCAUUCCGGAGGAUUUCCUGGACCGUCUGGCCUGGUUCGAGGAAGAGUCAAACAAACAUAAGGAGGAGAUGGUCAGCAAGAUCUCCAAACAAAUCCAGGAGGACAUCGAGAGGAAGCUAGCCGGUCAGCACAAACUCAGCAAGAAAGAGGAGGAGAUAUACGAUGCCCUCAAAGAAGUGAGUUUACCGGCAUUGUUUAUGCCAUACAAGAGAGGUACAGUGUUCAACCCGAGAGCCCACCAGUACUUUCAUCCCAAUGGAUCCAGUGAUUUACGAUUGACACAGCCUCCCUCCAUGAUCCAGUUACCUCCCUUGCCAAAUAAAUCGAAAAUGUCAGUAUUAAAUCUGUUUGAACUGAGUCGGAACUUUAACCGGGGCCAGGCGUGGCUGAUGGAGAAGUACAUCCAACAACAGGAACCAGCAGAGAACACCCGAGGAAUGGUUCCCCACACACCUGCACCCACUGCCGACAAAACGGGCUCAAUGGAUGGACAACACCAACCCGACAUUAGUACCACCCAGCUGAGUAAUGUUGGUACCACUAAUCCUGAGCGUGACGCUGACGUCGAAAUGUGAUAACCAUGGGAGCUUGACCUGGAAAUGUGAUAAUCAUGGGAGCUUGACCUGGAAAUGUGAUAAUCAUGGGAGUUUGACCUGGAAAUGUGAUAACCAUGGGAGCUUGACCUGGAAAUGUGAGAAACAUGGGAAGGUGACCUUAAAAUGUGAGAAACAUGUAGCUUGACCUUUAAAUGUGACAAACAUCGUAGCUUGACCUUGAAAUGUGAUAAACAUUGGAGGUUGACCUGAAAGUGUGAUUAAAAAAUUACAGAACCAGUAAACCUGGGUAGGAAGUAGACUUAAAUAUGUGAUAAACUUACUUUCAAAAUACGUAAAAUAAUAUAGGAACUGAAUAUUCUAAAUGGUAUGUAACUUUCAUUCAACAAAUUGAAAUAUUAAGAGACUUAUUCAAUCUGUAUGUUUUAGUCAUGUUUAUGAUGAUUUAGUUAUGUAACAUGGAGGAAUACAACCAACCACUCUCACUCGAGUGAGUUCAGGGUGUUAUUCAUGGCAUUACAGUAGAGUUGGAGUUUAUACUUGGCCAAUAUCCCACUCUAGUAAGUUAGCCAUACUGCAAUGAUUAUGUCUCCUGUUUUAAUGAAAGGAGACAUAUUGUACGAGUACUGGGUCUAAUGGCAACUUGUCCAGGUGUAUAUUUAAGCCUUGUUAAUUGCUUUAUAGUGCUACAGGUGUAAUCUUAUCUUUUGUACUUUUGAAGAAGAAAAAAAGAACUUGUCUCUCCAUAUCGGCCAAUGCAUAUUUGCUUUGCAUUCAUUUUGACCUUUGACUUAUAGGUAAAUGCCUCAGUGAUCUAAAUACACUAGUGCAUGAAAUGUUUGCACCUAUUUGACCUUGAAGUGAAGGUCACAGUGACCAAAUUUAAGUGUACAACUCCUGGGGAUGAUGCAGGUAUACUUAAAAGUUUCAUGAAGUACUUUUUACAGUUUCAAAAUUACCGGGUGACAAUGUCAAGAUUAUAUUAGAACCAGUUACCUCCUUAUAGUCCUCUAGUCUCCUCAUCAAUUGAAAGGAGGGGACUUAAUUCAUUUCAGAUCCUAAUUUACUACAGGUGUAUUCUGAUUGGGUAGACAUAGUCUUAAAUACAAUUUAAUCCUCAUUUACAGUACUAUGAUACCCCAUGCUAUAUUGAAUUAGAAUCUGAAUUGGAGAGUACACCUCGAUUGGCAGGACAUAAUGCUGUAAUGAUGUGCUGUUUUCAUGUGCAAUACUAUUAACUUGAUAUUCUUGUAUCAAACGAAACAUCAAAAGUCUUCUGUAUAGCAUAAUGAUAAAGAUUUCGCAAGCUGUUAAAGUUUAUACCAAAGUUGAAUCGUAGUGUACAUAUAUUGUACAUACUGUAAUUAGUAGAUCAGAUUGUACAUUUGUUUAUCAGAUACAUGUAGGUAGGCACAGACUUUGUAAAUACAUUGUAAAUAAUAUAACUCUUUCAAUAUAUGUAUUGUUGAAACUGUAAUAAAAUGUGAUCUGAC